AUUUUCUCUUUGUAAAGGAGACGCCAUUUUGCAAGCGUCACUUGGCGGCGUGUGCGGUUUCACUAUUUUUGCCAAGAAGUUUUAACGCAAAUCAUAAUAUUGAUUUGUUUUAGUGUAAUAUGUCGUAUCAGUCUAGUGUAGCGCAAGAUUCAUUAGCUGCGGCGCAAUUAGAAAUGUCCGGUAACCCCAAUGCAUUGGCUUUACGUCGGCCAUUCGACCCGGUGGCCCACGAUUUGGAAGCGAGUUUUCGGUUGACAAGAUUUGCUGAUCUGAAAGGAAGAAGUUGUAAAGUCCCUCAGGAUGUGUUGGGAAAACUGGUGGAAUCGUUACAACAGGACUACUCUCAACAAGAUGAUCAGUUCAUGCAUGUAGCGAUACCGCGAAUUGGCAUCGGCCUGGAUUGUUCGGUGACGCCGCUGAGACACGGUGGUCUAUGUUUGGUACAAACCACUGACUUCUUCUACCCUUUAGUAGAUGAUCCUUACAUGAUGGGUAAAAUUGCAUGUGCCAAUGUCUUGAGUGAUUUGUAUGCCAUGGGUGUGACUGAUUGCGACAAUAUGUUGAUGCUACUUGGAGUGUCUACGAAAAUGACAGAGAAAGAGCGCGAUGUUGUUAUUCCUCUGAUUAUGAGAGGAUUCAAAGACUCUGCUUUAGAAGCAGGUACUUCUGUAACUGGUGGACAAACAGUGAUCAAUCCGUGGUGCACUAUUGGAGGGGUUGCUACCACUAUUUGCCAACCUAACGAGUAUAUAGUGCCUGAUAAUGCUGUAAUGGGAGAUGUGUUGGUUUUGACAAAACCUUUGGGUACUCAAGUUGCAGUAAAUGCACAUCAAUGGCUAGACCAACCUGAGCGCUGGAAUCGCAUCAAGUUGGUGGUUUCAGAGGAAGAUGUACGCAAAGCCUAUCAUCGUGCAAUGGACUCCAUGAGUAGAUUGAAUCGUAUUGCAGCUCGUUUGAUGCAUAAAUACAAUGCACAUGGUUCAACUGAUGUGACUGGAUUUGGUCUUCUUGGACAUGCACAAAACUUAGCAUCACACCAAAAGAAUGAAGUUUCUUUUGUCAUACAUAAUUUGCCUGUGAUUGCCAAAAUGGCAGCAGUGGCGAAAGCAUGUGGGAAUAUGUUUCAACUGCUUCAAGGACAUGCUCCAGAGACAUCUGGAGGACUACUCAUCUGCUUGCCUCGUGAACAAGCAGCUGCAUAUUGCAAAGACAUUGAAAAACAAGAAGGUUAUCAAGCCUGGAUCAUUGGUAUUGUGGAAAAGGGCAACCGCACUGCUCGUAUCAUUGAUAAGCCACGAGUGAUUGAAGUUCCCGCAAAAGAUUAAAAAGUUUUAAUUCUUGGAGAAUUGUAAUAACAAUACUUAAAUUUUUAACUAUGACAUCAUAACUGGACAAAUAUUGCAAAUUAGAUUUCAACAAUUAUUUUUAAGGUUCUCUUAGUUUCGUUUUAAAGUUUUAUUUUGGCAGGUCACUGUUCUGUAUGAUAAUAACAAACAGUUGAAUAGUUUUAUUGAUUGAUAAGAAAGCAUAUAGAGAACUAUGUCUAGUGAUUUUGGUGUUUAUAUUUAGUUAAGAUAUCACUAAUAAAAUUAAGAGAACAAUUCCAUUAGGUACACAUAAUCCUAAAAUUCAUUUGCAGCUUGUGAACUGUUUCUGCAAAUUAUGAGAUAAGU